UGUCUGCCUCCCUGCUGCUUCUUGGGGCUUGCCCUGCGCAGCAGCGGAGGAGGCAGGUGGGUGAGGAGGCCUUCUCGGUGAUUCCCACCAUGCCUGGGGGCUCAGCCCGGUCGUGUGGGGAGGUGUCACGGUGCGGCCUCUUUGGGGCCUGCACCGUUUAUUUUGCGCCUGGAUGCUCCAUGGGCUCAGAUCACCGGCGAAUUUCAAGAUUUUUAUUGCGGCCCAGGCCGCAGCAGGCAUGAGCGUUGCCGGGGUGGAGCAUCAGUGGCGCUUCACCCCAUUUUCCUUCCUGACGUGGUUUCAUGCUGUAACGAUGUAUGAGGAGGGCUGUAGGGGGUAGCGGGAUGGCUGUUGGCAGUUGGUGUGCUUUACAGGCCUUUGGCCUUUAGCGGUGGCCAUCUUGGCCACAUGACCUGCCUACACGUGUGGGGAACGGGGUCAACAGCCAUCUUGUCUUCUCCAGGGCAGCCAUCUUGGCUGCAUGGCCUCUGGCUAUGCUGAGGGUUGGGGGCUGGCAGCCAUCUUUUCCCCCGCAAGGCAGCCAUCUUAGCCACAUGGCCCAAUGCCACAGAGGGGAAUGGCCCGGCAGCCCUAUUGCUUUCCUCAUGGCAGCCAUUUUAUGGGCUUGGAUGGUGGCCAUCUUGGCGGUGCUCAAGGGCAGUUGUUGUCUAUGGGAGGUGGCCAUUUUGGGUUAGGAAUGGGAGCCAAUCUGCAAAGUUAAGCUGGGGCGGCCAUCGAGGUAGCCAUUCAGUUGCAGGAUGGCUCAUUGGGGGGUGGCUUGCAAAGCCCAUCAGCGGUUGUGGUGUGGACUACCAAUCAAUUUAGCCCCAUGUCAUCUCCAGAAGCAAGAUACUUCUGGGUGCUAAUUGAUUGGGCCAUGCCAUUUUUUCUUGCAGAAUGACCCCUAAGAAGGUCGGUGGUCCAAAGGGCAAGGGCCCAGCAAAGAAGACGACAGUGAAACGCCCUCCACCUCCAAGCAGUUCCUCAUUGGAUGAUGACGGUCUCAGUAUCCAGGAUUACUAUGCGCUGUUAGCAAAAAUCAGCACAUUAGAAAAGCAGUUGGGGGCAGCUGCGCCCACAGUUUGCACCCAACCGACACCACAGGUAAGUAAGAGGGAUAUUCUCAAUGCCAUUCUUUCUCGUGUCUCUGCUGUAGAUGCUGCUCUGAGUGGACAGCCUACGGAUAUGGCUGUCCAGCCUGUUCAGGUGGCAGGAGACCUUGGUGGGACUGCAAGCUCACCUGAGGGGAUUCUAGAUGGGGCACAACAGGCACCAUCCAGCCAAGCUCCAUUACCAGUGACACCGGCUUCCCAGGUUGCUGAGCUGCCUGCGACACAAGGGCAAGCAGGGGCUAGCCCUACCACUUCAGCAGUGUCUCAGAGACCCCCGAGUCAUGACCCCGUCGUUAUUACGGAGCAGACCGAAGAAGAGAUGGGGUUUCUGCCAUUUCCACUUGAUUCCAUCCCUUUCCAGGUGCCCACUGUGGACAGUUCUAGCCCACAGUUCAUAAGAAAGAGCUCAUUUAGCGGAGAAAGCAAGCGUUAAUUAAGCUGAUUCCCUUGAGAGUUUUCAGGGAGGACUGCAUCUGGCAAAGUUGUUGACUUUGGUCAUUUUCCCUUGGGAAAGAGCUCAGACACCUGGCUGAGGAGGAGAGCAAAGUCCCAUAAAAGUUCUGGGCACCAAAUAGAUUUUGUGGUGUUCAACGUGUCAGUUGAGGAUUUCACAUCGACACUAGUUCUGCAGCGCGCUACUCUAGAGUAGACCGGCGUUGCGUCUUCGUCUCCCUGCCAAGCCUGGACAGUGAUUCAGCUUUACCACGACUAACUUUGCCUUGCCUUGCAUCCUAGCCUCGGAUUCGAGCCCUGGAACUCGACAGCUCCUGCCUUAAUCCCCACUCAAACAGCCUAAAGAUUUGAGUGUGUUUGGGUUAUUGGAUUUAAAACUUUGAACUCUAAUACUGGACAUCUACUUUCAUAUUACUGGACUAUAUUUGACCCUUCCUGAAAGGUCUACUGCUGGACUAAAUACUCUGCUUAUUUUUAGUUGUCUCCUUUAUUUCCUUAAUAAAGAUAUUAGAUUGUU